GCAGGAGUAAGUUACAAAGCGGCAGCGUUGAGCGAGGAGAGGGCUUAUCUCCAGCACCUUGGCCCCCAGAGCAGAGCCUGUGUGGAGAAUUGGUUCUGGAAGCACUUUUCCCUCCUGGAAUAGGAGCCCAGCAGGGGCCGGAGCAGGGCGGCAGGCAGCAGAGAGCGAAGCUGUCCCUUGACACAUGUGUUUCCCAUCCAUAGCUGCGAGUCAGACCGACAGAGCCAGAUUGAGUAUAGACAGAAAGUACGGUGGUUUCAAAGCAGCCCCAACAAGAACGGGAAUGCUGUUCAGGAAAUUCUUCAGGCAUGGGCAGGGACUUGGCUACAGUUCUGCAGUUGGAAAAUCUGACUGGGGCAGCUUCUGAGCUGGGCCUGCUCACACUCAGCAGGCUGAGUGGCCGCCUCCUUCACAGCUGCUCAGCACACCCGGGACCGCGGGCUGGCGGUUGCCAUCGGCCCUUUGUGUAGCAGAGGAGAUGCCUCAGGAACAGUACACACACCACCGGAGCACCAUGCCCAGCUCUGAGGGGCCACAGGUAUACAAAGUGGGGAUUUACGGCUGGCGGAAACGAUGCCUGUAUUUCUUUGUCCUGCUCCUCAUGAUUUUAAUAUUGGUGAACCUGGCCAUGACCAUCUGGAUUCUCAAAGUCAUGAACUUCACAAUUGAUGGAAUGGGAAAUCUGAGAAUCACAGAAAAAGGUCUAAAGCUAGAAGGAGACUCAGAAUUCUUACAACCUCUCUACGCCAAAGAAAUCCAGUCCCGACCAGGUAAUGCCCUAUACUUCAAAUCUGCCAGAAAUGUGACAGUGAACAUUCUCAAUGAUCAGACUAAAGUGCUAACUCAGCUGAUAACAGGUCCAAAAGCUGUAGAAGCUUAUGGCAAAAAGUUUGAAGUAAAAACAGUUUCUGGAAAAUUGCUCUUCUCUGCAGAUGACAAGGAAGUGGUGGUAGGAGCUGAGAGAUUAAGAGUUUUAGGAGCUGAAGGUACAGUUUUCCCUAAGUCUAUAGAAACACCUAAUGUCAGGGCAGACCCCUUCAAGGAACUAAGAUUGGAGUCCCCAACCCGGUCUCUGGUUAUGGAGGCCCCAAAAGGAGUACAAAUAAAUGCAGAAGCCGGCAACAUGGAAGCCACCUGCAGAACCGAGCUGAGACUGGAAUCCAAAGAUGGAGAGAUUAAGUUAGAUGCUGCGAAAAUCAAGCUACCUAGACUGCCUCACGGAUCCUACUCACCCACAGGGACGAGGCAGAAGGUCUUCGAGGUCUGCGUCUGCGCCAACGGGAGACUGUUCCUGUCCCAGGCAGGAACCGGUUCCACUUGUCAGAUAAACACAAGUGUCUGCCUUUGAGAGACUCUCCAGAGUGGACAUUGUCAGCAGCAUGAAGGCCGUUUUGUGGCUUUAGACAUUGGCUGCCAGCUAUUUUUACUAGAACACAGAAAGCCUAUCAAAGACCUUUUAUGUGUGAGUGUGUGUACACGCGUGAGUGUUUGCGUGUAUGAGUGGAUAUAAAUAUAUAUAUAAAUAUAUAAAUAAAUAUAUAUAUAUCCUCUGUAUAAAAUGAGGUUUCAGUACAAAAGGAACCAUGGGUGACCCUGUGAUCCCCACCAUCAUUCUCCAUCCCAUCACCACUGUCUAGGAGACAAAAUCUAAAUACUAAUUCAAAAUCAACAUUCCCUAGGCCAGCGAUGGCGAACGUUUUAGAGCCUUCAGUGACACCGAUGGCCCACUGCAGCAUGCGUGCCACAGAUUCGCCACCACUGCCCUAGACCGUUUGGAAUCACACUGUGCACUGAGAAGAUCAUUCAUCAAUAUGUUCAAGCAACAGCAUACCUUCUCCUUCAGUGUCAUUAGAGGCAGCAAUGGUGGGAAUCUCCAAGUUGUUCUCAAGCACUGAGAUCGUUGUAUCAAAAAGAGCCAUUUUGGACUGGGGGUGCUGCUCAUUACUAUAACAUUUGCUUAGCAUGUGUGAGGCCCUGAGCUCAUCCCCAACAUCACGCACACACCAGAUAUUUGGUUUCCCUUUCUUAGCUUUCGGAAGACUGGCCAACUUUUACCUUCCAGUUAGGGAUGAUGAGCCACUAAAGUCAGCUCUAAGAACUCCAAAUGGCUGUCCAACACUUGCAGCCCAACAUAUUGGGGGGUUUUGUCAUUGGAUGAAUGAGGAGAAUGAAUUUCAACAAAUUCUGAACUGCCUCCACAACUUCUGCUUAUCUGACUUCCUUCAAACUCACAUAUUCUCCCACAGUCAAAAUAAGAGUUGUAAAUCAGGACAUAAUAGGAUAACAGCUGUUCUUCAGUCAGCUGGAAGCUACUCAAUGGCCUAACAGAAAAGAAUAAAUGGGCAAUAUGUCUCUGCUCAAAGGAAAAAUGGCUCAAAAGCUGUUAUGGUCUCAAUUUUGACUUUAUCCAACACACUCUCACCCAAAAUGAUCAGGUCAAUCAAAAUGCCUAAGUGUGGAACCACAAUCCCAAGAAAAGUCAUUUAAAGGUAGAAAUCUAAUUAAGAGUAGCACCAAGAACCUAGUUAGUUUUUAUAUGUUUCUUGAGAUUGUUAGGUAACUCAGAGCCAUGCCUCAUAUUUUUAAGGGCGUGCCCAAAUUCUCUCGCUUUGAUCUUCUUAUAUAUGUAAUUUUUUCAGUGCUGGUAAUAUAUUCCUAAAUCUACUAUUUUCUCUGGGAAUCACAGAUAUAAAGCACUGCAUGCUGCCAGAACUGCUCCCUGAAAGUUAAUGUAAACUGAAUCACUAUCUUUAUCAGAAUCGCCAUGUCCCUGGGGGCCCAGCAGCACCCACACCCACAUCUGGAGGAGCAGCUCUCUGGUUCCCAUCAUCAGCUACCUCUCAUCACUCCACGUCCAUCACCAUGCUCCAGGGUCACCCUGGCUGGCUCUUGUGCUGGGACAGGGGAUUAUACCAUCUCUGUUCAAAGAGGGGAAAAUGUGCCUACGCCUUAAGUCAAUGCACUAAGCAAGGAGAAGCACAUCCUAUUUAUCUUGUUACCUGUAGUUUCUUUUGAGUGAUUGGAGGGGAAUUGUUUAGUUUUGGCUGGGCAUCAAAUUUGGUAGACAAAUAAAAUGGUUGACAGAUGUGGUUUCUACGGAGACCAGAAUGGAGAUGUAACUGUCUGGAUGCCAUUUAACCAUCAGUGACCCCACGAUCCUAAAUGAGGUUGUAUUUUGUAGAUCUGAAUGGCAAUUUUUUUCCUCAAUAAGGUUCUAAUUUUCUUACUUCACAAGCAGGAGAAGGUUUGUCAAGGGAGAUGAAAAAGAGGUUUGAUGUUUUUGAGAUGACACCCAAGCCUCUGGCUAAGAUUUGCACACAUGGGAUGAAAAAGCAAGCUGUGGGGUACAGUACCCAGUUACUCAGAAGGGGUAGAGGGAGGGAAGGUCCUAGCCCAACCUGUGAUUUUGCUGGCUUUGAGGCUCCAGGCUGGCUCUCCAAUAUCUCAUGCAGAAGAACUGGGUUGGUCAAUCUUAAGGCAAGAUUGUAAGAUUUCUUAGUUUGCAGCACUAAGACCUAAUAUGGGACACCUGUCCUAAAAGACAUCCGGUUAUUCUGGGUCGGUAUUUCUAAUAUCCUUAGGUUCAUAUUACCAGAAACUGCAUGCAUCACACACAGGUUUUUUGCAAGCCAGGAAAUGACCCCUUCCUUGGCUGUUAGAAACACCUACCCCAUAUCAUUCUGAUAAACAACUGUAAUAACCCUGAGGUCCUUUGUGGCUAAAUACCUUAAGACAGGUCUUUUUUUUAAGCAGGCUAUCUUUGCAUUUUGUCAUCUCACAUAGGGACAAUGAGAAAACAGAAAGUUCCCUGGACUACUUUCCUCUGAUUUUGUUCUAAUCAUGACAAAAGUCUGCGAUCAGUACCUUGGGAGUUUUAUGACCCCUCCUAAAAAGGGUAUGAUCCCACCUUUAAAUUUUAACCCUAAGAUUAGUCACAUCAUAAAUACAAUAAAAAUAAUAGCAGCAAUGAAGAUUAUAAAUGAAACACCUUUGGGGGGACACCUGAUAUAAAAUUCUGGCUUUCACUUAUUCUAAAUGACCACAGUAUAUAAGGUAAUAAGAAGAAACAUUGGUACAGGUGAAGUUAUGGAUUUCAGUUCAGACUUUGGAAAUUGGUAAAAUGUAUUCUAAGUUCUUCAUUAUACACUUUUUUCUCCCAGUACUCUCCAAUCAGAAUAUCUGCCGAAGAUCAUGAGAGUUUUACCUGAAUUCUGGAAAAAUACCUUUUACAUUAAAAUCUGCUAAUCUCUAAUUUUUUAAAAGGAGAUUCUAAUAUUUAUACAGUCUAUGAUAUCUUCUAGACAAUCACAUCUUUGGGUAAAUUAAGCAGCUGGUGGUAUAACAGAGUUCAAAUGAAUCUUCAAUAUAAUAGAAGUUUUAGGAUGGUAAUAUUCAUCAGAAAAUUUUUUAUAAAUUAAAAAUUGAUCUCCAAAUAUGUUUAGCAUUUAGUUGUAUUUGACAUAUGCUCAAUAACUGAUAAAAUUUCCAUCUUGGGAAACUACUUGAGUAUGUUGAAGGUGUUUGAAAGCUUUAUGGUGGUGCCUGCCUAGAUGGAAACAUGACCUGUGGCUUUAUAAUUAUAUUACCCAAGAGAAAGAGUUUUUAAACUUCAAUUUGCUUUUAACUCCCUUGAGGUCAUUUUCCCUUGGGAUAAUUCCCAACAUACACCCAGCAAUGACAGACCAAAGAGUGCUGAAAGUUUGACCCUAGAGCAAGGAGCAGCAAGUGGGGAGCUGGACAUCAAAUCCGCCUCAUGAAUGUAUUUCAUGAAUAUAUUUUACUGUUGCACAGCCACAUACUUGCAUCAUUCUGCAACACUGGGGCAAAGCAGCUGUGCCAGAGACUGCAAGGCCCACAAGCAUAAUUAUUACUAUCUGGCCCUCUACAGAGAAAGUUUGUUGACCCUGACCUAUGGGUCAUUUGUGGUGUGUGUUGCACACAGCCAAAAAGAAGGCAGAUCCCCCAUAGCAAAGAGUAACCUACGUUUCCAGGUAGGCUUGGGAAUAUAAACAUCUGGCAAUGUAUUUUAGGAAAGGAGAUUUUACUUGCACUACAUGAAGUAACCCACCCAACAGGGAAACACAGGGUCAGAGGAUUUAUUGGGAAUAGGGAGGAUGGAAUUAGCAGAAGCUUUGAGAAAAAAAGGAAAACUGUGAUCCUCCAAGAAUCUUUUCUGAGGAACCUUGUUAGAAAGAUGGUUCCUUAAAUCCUAAUCAUUGUGUGAGAAGAAGUGAAGCAGGGUAUCCUAUGCUUUAAAUUUCAUCUCUUUGCUGAGAACAUUCUUUCUGCUGUCUAUGUAACAGAAAUUUCCAUCUCACUUUCCUGUAUCCCAGAAAAAUGUCCAUUCCAACAUCCUUCAGAGCAUAUUUUGAACUUUACAUGUCAUUUUUGGCCUCUGUGACCUCAAGUAUUUACAUCUUUAGAGUGUGAAUAUGUUCCUACAGCCACACCAGGCUUAAAGAGUGGGUUGGAACACUGAAUAAUUGCAAGUGUUAGGUGAUGCAACAUCUUAAAACAUGCAGGAAGAAAAAUGUAGUAAAAUUCUUUGUACAGAGUCAUCACUGGGAGGAACCAGAUUAAUGCCCAUUUGCUUUGAUUUCCUAGGAUGUAGGUUUUUGUUCCUUGGUGUAGAGGGAUCACAAAAAAGGACAUGUGUUGGACUCCAACAUCUCUGCUUCGUGUGCUAAGCCAGGGUCCUGGCAGGGAUUUUUUUUCUCCUCAGUCAGGAUGCCUUUUGCUAAAAGGGCUUUGUACUCAAUGUUGUUAAAACAGCAUCAGUUAAGAGUGACCCUUUCCAAAUAUAAGUAUUCACAGUAAGCAGGGAGAAUUUUUUUAAAUUUACCAGUCCCUAAUCUCUAUCAGUUGUCCUAAUAUGGACAUGGCUGAAAGAAGAUUAAGUUGGUGCAGAAUGAGAAUAUCUUGCUCUUGUUUAUCUUCAGGCAAAAGGUUGCAUGAAAUUUGGGCCAACGAGGUAAAAGGAUCCAUUUAAGCCCGUGAUCCUCUUUUUUAAGGCUCUAAAAAAAAGUGAAAAAUCUCCUUUAAAUAAGUUGUAAACAAAGCCAGUUCUCGUCCUCCUUCCUGCCCCCAGAAAUCUUACACAAAAGAGGAUAAAGAAGCAGUUCUUUGAAUGAUACAUUUGCAUGGUGUACCAGUAGCAGAUGGGGAAAGAGUUACAAUGAAAGAAACAACCUUAGAAAACAGGCUUUUUAUCUCAAAGAUAAAAUGUCUCUUGCGGUCUUUCAUCACUUUCUCCUUGGUGGAAGGUUCCCCCAGUUCCAACAGAUUUCCAUUAAAAUAGUCAAAGCUACUGCAUUGGGAUGUCAGAUGGAUCUCUUUCUUUGUGGUAAUCGGAAUUUAAAAUUAUACAGUUGCCUCUGAAUUUCUCAUUCACAAAGCCAAACCACUGAUAAGAGAUAAAGCAGUCCGAAGCCUGCUGCUUCAGCCAGCACAGCACAGCACACCACAUACAUUAGCACUUCCAAAAGCAAUGUGAUUUCCAUGAUUCUUAAAAGCGUUCUUCAUAAUAGAAUCCUUGAAAUUUCUCAAGGCAGAUCUAAAUGGCAAAGGGAAAAUAAUUACUUGUGGGAGGUCCUCCUUUGAAGCAUUGUUAGAGCGCAAGUGUAAAGGAAAAUACCCCUUUUGGAGCAACCCAUGCUCAAAUAUGCUAUUUGGUCCUCCCUCACCUUCCUUUUGCAGAAAUUUACAGAGUAGGAAAUUAGUAUCUUCCUUUGAGAAAAAGAGAGCAAGAAAGUUAUGAGCCCUUGAUGCAACAGAGAGUGUAAUGUAACACAGUAUUAAUGAUCCCAUCAAACUCAUCAACAGUGUCAUAUACAACAACACAGAUGCUCAGUGCUACUCCUUAAUUUCACUCUAGCAAUUGAUAACUUCAGUAACCAAUUUGAGGUUUGCAACAGGCAAGAAGGUUUAGAGUCCAAAUCCACAUAGGAAGUCAGAAUUUUCCCAAUGCCUCAUAAAGCACAUAGACAUCCUCACUAUGAAAUGAGUGUAUUUUGCUUCAUCAUGAACAGUUUUUGGCAAAGAUCUGCUCAAUAAAACAAAUACAGAGCUACCCUCAUUGGAAGAAGAGAGAAGAAAGCAUUUGUUUAAUCUAAAAUCAUCUGUGCAUGGCUAGAGUCAUCUAGAGGUCCCUCUUCUUCCAAUGCCUUCACAGCCUAGUUCUACAUUUGGAUUUUCUUCGAGCAGUCAGACCUAACUCAGAUUUCAUAAAGUGAGAAAUUUCAAAUUGGUCUGUUUACAUGGAAGCACUACAGCAACAGAUUGAGGGCAGGAAGAUGACAUUUGUCAACAAGAAAUACGUUGGUGCUUCUACAGUCUACAUACUUAUCUAAUUCAUAAGAUUCUAACAUCUUGAGAAUCGGAUUGAGAAUUGGAGCAAAGCUAUGAAAUUUCUGUGGAAAAAAGAAUCACCCUCACAAGAUACUGCAUAAAAUAAGAGAUUUUCUUGGAUUCAACCCCUAAGUGUGUGAGAUGUUGGAUUCUAUUCUGUACUAAUAAUUGUUUAUAAUUAACAUUCAUUGAAUAUUUACUGUGCCAAAUAUUUCACACAAAUUCAUUUUCACUUAUUCAGUCCUUUGAGUUAGGUUCCUUUAUAGUUCCAAUUUACAGAUUUGAAACUGAGGUGUAGGGAGGUUAAGAAACUUGUCCAAAGUCACUAGCUAGAAAUCAGAAGAGCUAGAAUGUGAGUCUAACUCCUGACCACUAUGUUAGGAAGUCACCAGCACGUCAAACUAUUUUUCAAGUUGUUUGGAAGUGUCUCCUACUAAAUUUUAAAGCAGAUCUUCUUUGUGAAUGAAACUAUAGAAGCUUUAUUUCCUGUGUUCUGUCAUUUCUCACCAUGUAUAAGUAUGUGGCGUGAAAAUAUGGAAAGUCUGACGGAAUAAUAGAAUCUAGAACCAAGAAAAUUGAUCUAGAUGCUUAAGUCAGGGCCCCUGCCUUUUCACACUGGAAGAUAUCCUAGCCUCAUAUUUUACAAAGAAUUUUAAUACCCUGUAACCUACAGGUAUAGCUAAACAGAGUUUUGUUCUCAUAAACAUCUACUUGCUUCUCUUCUGCCUCCCUUCAAAAGACAGAUAUCUAAUUUUGGGUGAGGUUUUUGGCACUCAAAGGUUACCAUUAUUUUCUACUUGUGGCAAAAAUAAAUAAAAUAAAAGAGCACUCGGCCUCUAUCACUGUCCCUGUGCCUACAACAAGAUAAGACUACGGAGGAUCCAAUCAGCACCAGACAUUCGAUACCAGCUAGAGCUGAGCUGGCCACUUUGUCUCUGAUGGCUUCAGCCCACAGCUUGUAAGCCACUGAUGAUGCUCCAGGUUCUCCCCAUCACUACCAAUUGAUCUGAGUUGGAAAUGAGAUCCAUUUGCCAAAUUUUAUCCCAACAAUGGCACCUUUUCACCAGUGUACACUUUAAAAUGAUGUUCUAGAUUCAGCAAUGAGGAUGGUGGUGUUCCAACUAGGUCAGGAAAUAAUGAGUGUGUCUAAAGGUUACUACAACUGGGUAGCUUGGGGCACUUCGAUCCUCUGAGCAAAGACAUUGGGCUUUGAUCUGUUAAAGGACAGGGGGAUUUUUGCUGAAUUUACUCAGCCAACAACCAUUUGAGUAGAUUAUAUACCAGGAUGUCCUUGUUAAGGUCCUGCUGUCAAUCUGUCCUCACCAGGACAGAGAAAGAGAUGGCAGUCCAUCCUGCUUUAUGUGCUGUCCACACAGCACAUACCUGAUCCUCUGGGGAGAAUGUGGAUAUACUCACUGCCCCAAACAUGCAGCCUGAGGGUUAGUGCUUCUCUGGCUCAACCUCCCCGUAAAACCUUAUCAAACAGAAAUGGGCUAAAAAUGCUAAAGACCUUAUUUCAGGGCGAGUCAGUCAGAGAUUUCCUUUCUAGUGAUGCAGAUGUCCAAAUGGCAAGACAACAAAGUGUACCUUUAAAAAAAAUCUCAUGAAACUAACCUUACCAGAGCCAGAAAUCUGGCUCACUGGAAGAGAGGGGAGACUCCAGCAAGAUGAGCAAACUACUGGCACACUUAAAUUUCAGUGACACAAAAUCAGUUUCAUCCAGUGUUUUUGUUAGGGAAUGAGAUGAAGGUUUCCAUACAUUAACCACCUCACUACCCAGUUAAGAUUUUCCCUCUUGGAGUCCAUGAAGCAGCAGAAACACCUCCUAAGGGGGUCAUGUUUUAGAAAGCAAAGACAGAACAUCUAUGAUGAUGUGGCUACAUGUUCUUUUCUCUGGAGAAGCCAGAGUCUGGUGCUUUUCACAGAAAAGAUGAGGUCACAGAAGUCCCAUUUGUGUGUAGAUUUUCAAUUUUGAAAAAGCAGCCCCAUUCCCAUGAAACAAUUUAGUUCAGCCUUUGUGUUAUUUUUGGUUUUGUUUUCUUUUUUCCUCUGGGUUUGAGUGUGAUGUGAGAAGAAGAGCUUUUUAGUUUUGUUUCAAAUAACAUCGAUCCUUGCACACACUAUGCAAAAAUUUUGUAAGCAUUGCAAUAAUGCUAUGAAUUACAAGGAACUAUUUUAACUUUAUUACACUUUCUGUAUAAAAAUUUGUAUUUAAUAUUAUUUCGACUUCAGUCUUGUAAAAUAUAUUAAUAAAAAUAAUGAUUGGUAAGAA